CCACGUUAAAGAUUGUCUAGAGAGCAGAUAAACGAGCGUACCCUGUUCCCACUGACUGCCUGUUAGUGAAUGAGAUAAACAAAGACCCGGCGUCUCUCCAGGAAUACAGUUACCGCCACUCGGGCUCCUUAAGAACAUGGAAGCGGGUUUGAGUCGAGGAAAAGUAGCUUCUUUUGUGAAGCGGCUGAAGUCGGAGCCGCGGUACCUGCUAGCCCAGAAUGUGUCCACGUGCAUCGACCCGUUGGAGGUCUGCCUGCACCGGCAGACCGUUCAGGAUACCGUUCACAUCUUCCAGCACUCCAUCCCAACAGAGGGCAAACCCAUCACCAACCAGAAAAACUCAGGGAGAUGUUGGAUCUUCUCGUGCCUCAACGUCAUGCGUCUUCCCUUCAUGAAGAAAUUCAACAUAGAGGAGUUUGAGUUCAGUCAGUCCUAUCUCUUUUUCUGGGACAAGGUUGAGCGUUGCUAUUACUUCCUCCACGCCUGUGUGGAUACGGCGCAGAGGAAGGAGCCGGUGGACGGGCGCCUGGUUCAGUUCCUGCUCUCCAAUCCAACCAAUGACGGAGGACAGUGGGACAUGUUGGUGAACCUCAUUGAGAAGUAUGGCGUGAUUCCAAAGAAAUGCUUUCCAGAGUCCCACAGCUCGGAGGCCUCACGCAGAAUGAAUGACAUUCUCAAUCAUAAGUUGAGAGAAUACUGCCUCAGGCUGAGGAACAUGGUGGCCUGCGACGCAACUAAAGGGGAGCUGUCCGACGCCAUCGAUUCCAUGAUAGAAGAGGUGUUCCGGGUGGCCAGCGUGUGUCUAGGCAGCCCUCCCGACACCAUCAGCUGGGAGUAUCGAGACAAGGAUAAGAACUUCCAUCGCAUGGGACCUCUAACCCCCCAGGAAUUCUACAGGGAACAUGUCAAACCCCUAUACAACCUUCAGGACAAAGUCUGCCUUGUAAAUGACCCUCGACCCCAAAACCCGUACGGGAAGCUGUACACUGUUGAGUUUUUGGGCAACAUGGUUGGAGGUCACAACACUCUGUACAACAACCAGCCCAUCCAGCUGCUUAAAAAAGCUGCAGCCGAUUCUAUUAAGGCUGGGGAGGCCGUGUGGUUUGGCUGUGAUGUAGGGAAGCAUUUCCAUGGCAAACUGGGCAUUAACGACAUGAAUGUGUUCAACCACGAACUUGUGUUUGGAGUUUCCGUAAAGAACCUGUCGAAGGCAGAGAGACUCAUGUACGGAGACUCCCUCAUGACUCACGCCAUGAUCCUUACUGCCGUAACAGACAAGGAGGGGAAGGAAGGCUAUGAAAAGUGGAGGGUGGAAAACUCCUGGGGGGACGACCGUGGAAACAAAGGUUACUUGAUCAUGACAGACGACUGGUUCUCUGAGUAUGUUUAUGAGGUGGUCGUAGACAAGAAGUUUCUUCCCCCCGAUGUCCUAGAAGUGAUGCAACAGGAGCCUAUCAUACUUCCUGCCUGGGAUCCAAUGGGAUCAUUGGCCUAAACACAUACAAAUCCAUAUUUUUGCCCAACCUGACUCCGCCCUAAUCGCUGGCUGCUUUUAUCCCGAAUAUUUCUCCAGCUCCUCCCUCUGAAACAGCCUGUUCUUUUAGGAAGAUAAUAAAAGAUUUUGUUGUCUUUUUUACUGGA